AUGACGUUUCACCUUACGGUCCGAGCACUCUCCUUCUCCUUGGGCGGUCACCUGCGGGUUGAUCGGAGUGAAGCCCACGACUUUCGGAUGAAGCAAGUCUCGUCGAUGGCCAAGUCCCCGCCACCGCCUGAGCUUCUGGACCCGCCGAACCCUCCGUGGUGUGGCCCAGAUUCCUCUUCUCUGCUAAUGUGGCCGCAUUGUCGAUGUCUCCCCCUUGCUCACCUCGCCAAUUCACAAGUCGUUGGCUUCAUCUUCUGCUCCUUCGACGGCGAGACCCAAUCCCUGCCCAGGCCCCAACCCGUCCCCGCCGGCGAAUCCCUUACCGGGACCGUAGCUCCGGAGCGCGGCCAUGGCUCUCCUCCGAUCCUCUGCUAUCAUCACCCCUCUCGCUUCACCCUCACCGUUACUGAGCCUCCAUCAUUGUCCAUGGAUCCAAUUCCCACUUUAUCGACGACGAGAUAUUGUGGCGCAGAAGCGCCGCCUCCUCCUCGCAAUCUCACCUUCCAGCUGUAUCACCGUCGGCUCUCACCGGAAUCUCUCCCGAAUCUGAACGGCACCAGAUCGGGUUGGAGCUCGGCCUGGAUUCAACGGCUCACCACCUCAUUUGUCGGAUUCUGCAACAUCUACACCCUAACCCGACCUGUUGGUCACCACCGAUCUCCUUUGGCGGCCGCCGGAACUAUAAUCGCCGGCAAGGACUCACUGCAAAAAUUCGUGGUCAACAACAACACUUCCGUUAACUAG